GAAUUGAGUUUUGAUUAUAAAUGUAUUGAAAUGUUAACUCAAUUGUCAUUUAAAUGAAUUGUUUUGAUUGUAAUCAUUGUUUUGUAGUCAACGUUAAGACAUAUCAACUAUGGAUACCAAUGAUAAUGAUAUCAUUGGUGAAGAAGUAGACUCUUUGUCCGACGACAAUGCAAUCAAUCAUUUAUUUGAGACCAACUGUGACAUCGACCUCAACAACGAGUCUUUAAUUUAUGAAUCAUUUGAUGUCUCUGUUGAUGGCGAAGACAAUUAUCUGCAAAACAUAAAUACCAUUAAACCAGUUAAAAGCCAAACAAUCGGCGAGUUUUGUAUUAAUAAUUGCAAUGAUAUUAUCAAAAGAUUAAUUGAUGACAACGAAGAACUUAAAAAAUACAAACAAAUAUUAGUUGAUAUUGAAGAGCAAAACGUGGAACUAAUAAAAGAUAAAGAAGUUUUACAAACAGAGAUCAAUCAAUUGAAAGAAAGUUUUGAAAAAAGAUUGUCACUGAAGAGCGAAGAUAUUGAUUGUUUGAACAAAAGUUUGUUUAUUUGCGAGUCUUUAAACACAAGUCUUCUCAAAGAAUUAGAUGAGAAAAACAAAGUACAGCUCAAACUCGAGUCUUAUGUCAAAGAACUUGAAGACAAAUUGUAUUAUCUGGAAAUGCAAUUAAUGGAAAGUCAAAAGAUUGAGCAACAGUUGACCACAUCCUAUGAAAGUGCGAGACAAGCGUAUACUGAGGAGGAAGACAACCGUUACAAGACUUUGGAACAGUUGCAGAGUGUUUACGUGGAGUGCGCUCAACAACAGAAUGAUAUCAAAGAUCUUAAGAUUAAUAUUCAUGACUUAGAGCGAGAAAUAGCUGAUAAAGACAAUGAACUUUGGUUUUAUAAGACUAAGUUUGAUGACUCUUUCCGUAACUCUGUUUACAACAACAAUAAUACCACAAGAAAGACGAGAGAUUCUCAAACAAGAGAUUCAAUUUUAUUUAAAACUCAUUCAGAAAUUCCUGACUAUUCCUUUAGUGUCAAUGAAGACGAAAUGGAUCACAUAUUCAAAGAUUUUAAUGAUGAAAGUCCUGUUAAACCUUUCAUUACUAAUAGUGAUAAUAUUUAUGACGAGAAUUUGAAUUCUUGUUUUAGUCCGGAAAACAUAUCUCCAAUAAAACGUCCCGUCAGUGAUGAAAGCAAUGAAUUACACAACAGAUCUGAAAUAAUAGAUAAUUCAGAAACAGUCGUCACUAAUGGAGUCACUGAUGGAGAGGAUCUAAAUAUUGUAAAUUCAAAUGAAGUUGUGAUUGAAAAAUAUCUGUCAAAAUGGUUUUGCAAAAUGAUGACAUUCUUAGCAAUCAUUAAUAUGAAGACAACAUUUCGAGUUGUUUUAUCAUUGAUUUUGUUGGUGUUUUUGACAAAUAUUUUAUUGACUCAAUUGUUUGCUACAAAAUUGCCGGCCUAUACCUCUUGGGAAGAGAUCAUAUAUAAACUAUUUACGCCGUAUUUAACUAAAGUCAAGACAAGUAAAACACAAUAAUAAGGUAUUCGUGAAAUUAUCAUUUUAUUUCACUACAAAUAA